ACGGACAUUUCUUACAGUCGCACCAAAAAAAACAUGGCCGCCCCCCCGCCGUUAGACGUGAGAGUGGAGACUACAGAUGAAGAAAUGAGCUCCACGGAGGAAACAGAGUCCACAUCAGAAAAUGGAGAGAAACCUGAAAAAGACUCGACUAAAACUGAACCGGACGCCGAGGAGCAAUUUAAGAAACCCGCUCUUUUUGCGGCUCCUUCUCUCGCGAGCAAACGCGGUCACGUCGCGGCUUCGUCCAAACAAACAGCUACAGAAACGAAACCUGUGGAAGAAAAUAAUGGAGUUGAAGUCGCAGAAAUAACAAGCAACGCGUCACCGAGUCCUGCUAUUGAAAAAGAAACUGCGGGGAAGCGUAAAGAGGAGGAUGAAAAUGGCGGAGAAGACAAGAGCGUCUCCACUGUCAGAAACAAACCUGAAUCCAAACCCAGGGUGCUUCCCGUCAAAGGGCCCCUACCUGGAAAGUUCCCCCCUCUGUUGUACACGGAGCCCCCGUGGGGAGGCAGCGCCGCGGACAUGCCGUAUGCCCUCGAGAUCCUCAAGAACGGCACCAUCGUGGACAAGGUGCCCCUGGCCCACAGCAGCUUCUUCGUGGUGGGACGCCUCCCGGUGUGCGACGUGUCUCUGGAGCACCCGUCCAUCUCCAGGUACCACGCCGUGAUCCAGUUCCGCGCUCAGGCCGGGGAGGGGGGCGGUGUCGGGGAGGAGAGGGGCUUCUACGUCCACGACCUGGGCAGCACGCACGGCACCGUGGUGAACAAGAAGAAGAUCCCGCCGAACACCUACAUCAGGCUCCGGGUGGGACACGUGCUGAAGUUCGGUGGGAGCACGAGACUGUUCAUCCUGCAGGGUCCAGAGUUUGAUGAGGAAGAGGAGUCUGAACUAACAGUGACAGAGCUGAGGGAGCAUGCGCGCAAACAGAAAGAAGAGCUAGAGAAGAGGAUGAUGGGGGACGGUUCGGAUGAUGAGGACGACGACGACGACAAUGAUGAGAAGGCGAAAGAAGGGGAAGGCGAUAGCAUCAAGUCCCAGAGCAAACCAUCAAAGGAAGAUUCCGGGUGUUCGUGGGGAAUUGAUGAGGAGGUUGUUCCAGAGGAAGACGAGGAUGAGGAAAACCCCUUCUCAACUGAAUUCCAAGAAGACCAGGAGGCUGCAUACCUGAAAGAUCCCAAGAAAGCUUUGCAGGGCUUUUAUGACAGGGAAGGGGAGGAGCUGGAGUUUGAGUAUGAAGACAAAAGUCAUGGCUCCUGGCUGUGCAGAAUAAAGCUGCCUGUGGAUGACGCCAAGGGCCGACAGCUGGUUGCUGAGGUGACCCACACGGGGAAAAAGAAAGAUGCAGCCAUCCAGUGCUGCCUGGAGGCGUGUCGCAUGCUGGAGGCCAGAGGGCUGCUGCGGCAGGAAGCAGUGUCCCGCAAACGCAAGAAGAAGAACUGGGAAGAUGAGGACUACUAUGACAGCGAUGAUGACACCUUCCUGGAUCGAACUGGCACUGUGGAGAGGAAGAGGCAAGAGCGAAUGAAAAAGGCCGGAAAGAUUGAGGAGCGGGCUGAGACAUAUGAAUCAUUGGUGGUCAAACUGUCGGAGGUGGAGAAGGAUCUGGAAGACACUCAGAAAAAGCUCAAUGCUGGUAGAGGAGACUCUUCUGGCUCUUCCACGGGCGACACGCUAGAUGCCUUUAUGACCGCAGUGAGAACUGAGACAGCGAUGGACGCCGUGGAGCGCAGGAAGCUUCACGUUCACGUAGCAGACUUGCGCAAAGAUGCCCAGCGACUCCGCAGACUGGUCGAACUCUCGCGGCCGGCACAGAUGCCAUCGCUGCUGCCGAGUGGCAGCUCAGAGUUGGAGAAGCCCAAGAAGACCUUACCCCUGUUUGGAGCCAUGAAAGGAGGAAGUAAAUACAAACUGAAGACUGGCACCAUCGGGAAGUUGCCUCCUAAGCGACCAAACUUACCUGUGGAGCUCUUCAACAUGAAGGAACUUGCACCCACUGGAGAAGAGGAGGAAGAGGAAGAAGUGGAGGGAGCAGAGAAAAAUGAGGACAAUGAUGAUGAACAGUGUACAAGUAUCUCAGAGUCUAAUGACGAAUCUGAGGAGUCCAGUCCAUCCAUGUCUCGUGAGAGCUCUUCUUCAAGGCAGCAAAGAGAGAAACCAGCUCAGUCCAAUGAGCUGAAAGAGCAAAGCCACAAACAGAAGGGAGGAGGGGGCGCUGCUGAAGCAGUGGAGCAGAGCAGCAAGUCCCCACCGGAAUCCAGUCCAAAGUCCAGAGCAGAAGGUGACAGAGACCCAGCUACUGACCCUGGUGCCAGGAAGAAGAAGAAAGGGAAGGGCCCCAGCCGACCUCCAGUGCAGCUCUCAGGAGAGUAUCCUGACGAUGACCCUGAUUAUUCAGUGUGGAUGCCUCCUGCAGAUCAGACUGGAGACGGACGCACUCACCUCAACGACAAGUACGGCUACUGAGAGAGAGCUCUUCAGCGUCCACUCCAGCAGCUCUCAUACUGUAGAUAAUACCUGCAGCACAAAGCACACGAAGCCCCUGGCUCACCUUUAGAGAGAAGCCUGAAAGAAAGUAGGAGUUGCAGAGAAAAUUCUGCUGAACCUUUUAUUCAUCUCUUGAGGAUAUUUGCAUUCGCAGACUGUGAUGAACAGAAAUCCCACCAUUCCACUUCAAACUGAACUGGGAAGCUUGGGGAACUGCCCCCUCCUGCUCCCCCCUCAUUGGUGUAGGCACUGGGCAGUCGGCCUCUUGGCACUUUCCACCAUGACAACGAUAGAUUUGGGUGGCACCUGAAUAUUUAAAAACAUUUGAAUUCUGUGUAAUCAAGCAGAAAAUGUAAAGUUACAUAGCAGCAUCAACUGAUCUGAGUUCAGCCUCCUGCUCUUUGGCUGCUCCUCCUUGCAGUUACAUCCACCUGACAUCCAAACUGGGUCCCUCCUCUAUUUGGCUUCAGUCGAUCGCUGGCAUAACCUUUUUUUUUUCUAAAGGAGUGUGUGUAGCAGGGAGAGAGAGAGAGAGAGAGAGAGAGAGGGAGAGCAUUGAAGCAGCUUUUCUGACCAUCUGGACACUUGGAUGGCUUACAGGAUGAAACGCAAGCUGAUAAUGACUCAAGCUAAGUGGAGUGUGUGUGUCUGCGUUUACACACACACUCACACUCAUCGCCCAACCUUCUCAAAGUUCUCUUUUUAACACGAUUGUCUUCAGGAGCGAGUCAGCCAUCGCUGUGUUUGCCUCGAGCAGGAUUCCUCUCUGUGAAAUCCCACUCGUUGCUGUGCUCUUGGUUUCCUGCCAUACUCUCCACCCUCUUUCCUGUUCUUCUCCUCUUCUCAAGUGUUUUUUGUUAUAUAAAUGUAAAAUAAAAAAGUGUCUGUACAUAA